AUACUGAAUUGUUAUAUAUUCAAUCUCUUCUAGAUGUGGAUACUUCUUUUACUGUUUGGAUUAAAAGAUGCGAAGAAACACUAAACACAGGAUCACAGACUGAAAUGACUACAGGACAGCAAACUCAGCCAUCAAAACUCAAGUAUGACUGGUACCAAACAGAAUCUCAAGUAAUCGUAACUCUCAUGAUCAAGAAUGCACAGAAGGAUGACAUCAGUAUACAAUUCUCUGAGAAAGAGCUGAAUGCAUUGGUGAGACUUCCAUCAGGAGAAGACUACAACUUAAAGCUUGUUCUUCUGCAUUCCAUAGUACCAGAGCAAAGUACAUUUAAAGUGCUUUCAACAAAGAUUGAGAUAAAAAUGAAGAAGCCAGAGGCUAUGAGAUGGGAGAAGCUGGAGGGGACGGGAGAGUCUGCUAAGCUAAAACAAUACAUAUCAGACUCCAAACAUCUAUAUCCAUCAUCCUCUCAUUAUACAAGAAACUGGGAUAAAUUGGUGGUUGAGAUCAAAGAAGAAGAAAAGAAUGAAAAAUUAGAGGGGGACGCCGCUUUAAAUAAACUCUUUCAGCAAAUCUAUUCAGAUGGUACAGAUGAAGUGAAACGUGCCAUGAACAAAUCCUUCAUGGAGUCUGGAGGGACUGUUCUGAGCACCAACUGGUCUGAUGUGGGCAAAAGGAAGGUAGACGUAAAUCCUCCUGAUGACAUGGAAUGGAAAAAAUUCUAAUCUGCUGAUUUGGCACCUUUGUAUUGCCCAUAUUCACACACUGACCAUUGUGUAUGGACAUAGCAUUCUUGGAUUUAAGACACUGAAUGUUCCCUUGAAGAUCGGAAUUAUUGUCUUUACAUCUUGCGUGCUUUAGUAAUUCCUUUGUCUGCAGGUGUUAAGGUUUAAUCAGGAAUGGAAGCCUGUUUUUCAUCACUCCUGUCCAUGAGGAGUUUUCAGAAACAGAUUUAACUAAGUCAUAAGUCAUAAAUACACAUUUUCUACCAGCUUUAUCAGUUCUGUACUUUUGGGGAUGAGGAGACCUUUAAUGGACUGUUUUGGAUUAUUGCCUUAUUUUUAAUUCACAGUAUUUCUGUUGAAUAAUUUAUUAGCUCUGGCAACUUUGGGUAAACACACUUUUCAACUACAGUGUUAAUUGUUUGCUCUCUAACUCUGCUUAAGAAUAAAACUAUAAAAUAUA